UCUUCUCCUCCGAGGCGAGGCGAGACUCCGAUUCUAGCCUACCUCGCUCGCUCGCUCGCUCGCUCCGUCUUGUGGUCGCCGCCGCCACGAAGACCAAACCCUCGCAAAUUGCAAUCGAAGAAGAAGAAGAAGAAGAGGAGCCAUGGAUGGCGGCGGCGGCGGCAACUGGAGGCCCACCCAGGGGGCCGACCCCGCCGCCUCUGGGGGCAUCGAUCCCAACGCCCCGGCCCCCGCCCUCGCCGGCGGCGACUGGCGCUCCCAGCUCCAGUCGGAGGCCCGCAACAGGAUCGUCAACAAGAUAAUGGACACUCUGAAGAAGCAUCUACCAGUAUCAGUGCCUGAGGGGUUGAAUGAACUUCAAAAGAUAGCAGUGCGAUUUGAAGAGAAAAUCUAUACUGCAGCCACCAGCCAGUCUGAUUACUUGCGGAAGAUUUCUCUAAAAAUGCUCUCUAUGGAGACAAAGACUCAACAGAAUCCUGGAAACGCCCAAGUGAUUCAAAACCAAAAUCCCCCUGGCUCAGUACCUGGACUCCCUCAAGGCAGUAAUCCAACACAGUCAUCAGCGAUCCCUUUGAUGUCUCAGCAACAGGCCCGGCAGCCAAAUUCUACGUCUGUCCAAUCUUCUCUUACUAAUCUUGGUCAGAACUUGCCAGGUGUCAACCAGACAUCCACACUGCAGAACAUGUCUGGCAUGCCGCAGAACACUAUGAAUAAUGGCUUGGCACAAGGCGCUUCACAAGAUAUAUAUGCUACGCAAAGGCAAAUGGCAGGAAGGCAGCAGCAGCAGCAACAAUCUCAGAACCAAUUAAUUUACCAGCAGCAGCAAAUUAUGAUGAAGCAGAAGUUGCAGCAAAAUUCACUUAUGCAACAGCAAUCUUUGUUGCAGCCAACACAGAUGCAAUCCUCACAACAGCCAAUGAUGCAAAUACCAUCUAGCCUCCAACCCGGGCAGUCCAUUCCGCAGACACAACCAAUGGUACAGUCAUCAUCUCAGGGUGGUAUUCAACAGAAUGCUUUGAACUCGGUACCACAAUCUGUGCAAUCGUUACUCCAGCAACCUACACAAUCUGCUAUGAGGCAGCAGCAACACUCACAGUCCUCCAUGCAUCCACAGCCUUCUCUGCAGCAAGCUCAACCAACUCAGCAGCCUAACAUUCCUUUGCAACAUCAAUUAAUGGGCCAGCAGCAAAAUUUACAACAAAAUCAGUUAAUUGGUCAGCAGAAUGGUGCUGUGGAUAUGCCACAGCAACAGAGACUACCAGUUCAAUCGAAUAAUCUUUUGAAUAUGCAGCAGACACAGCAGAUGUUGAACCAGCAGUCUAUGCCCUCGCACCAGCAGCAACAAUUGGGCUCCCAGGCAAAUAUUUCAACUCUACAACAGCAGCAGCAACAAAAUCAGCAGCAACAACAGCUUCUUGGAACUGUGCCUAAUGUUCCGAACAUUCAACGAAUGCAUAUGCUACAAACAAAGGCAGUUCAGCAACCACAGCAGCAGCAGCAUGCUCAGCAGUCAUCACUGGGUUUGAUGCAGCCUCAAUCACAACAUAACCAACUUCAGCAAUCACAGCAGCAUCUUAUGUCACAAUUCCAAGCUCAACCUAACCAGCUGCAGCAACAACUGGGAAUGCCGCAGCAACCUCCCAUGCAACAAAGGCUUCAAACGUCAGCUGGCAUGCUCUUGCAACAAAAUAACAUUGAUCAACAAAAGCAAUUUAUGCAGGCACAAAGGGGCCUUCAAGAAGUUUCGUCUAGCACAUCUGUGGACUCCACUGCCCAAACAGGUCAUACAGGUACAGGUACAGGAGAUUGGCAAGAGGAGGCAUAUCAAAUGGUGAAGAACUUAAAGGACCAAUAUUUUCCUGAAUUAAAUGAUUUGUACAAUAAGAUCUCUUUGAAGCUACAGCAUGUUGACAACAUGGUUCCACCUCAAAAGCCAACAGAACAGUAUGAAAAGAUGAAGAAUUUCAAACUGAUGUUGGAGCGUACAAUGCAUGUUCUGCAAUUGAACAAGGGCAACAUUCAGCCUGCCCUUAGGGACAAAAUUCCUGCGUACGAGAGGCAAAUUAUCAGUAUCCUAAAUUCGCAAAAGAGGCCAAGGGUGCAAGGCCAGCAGACACAAUUUCAACAAUCUGCUGGGCAAGGUCCUACCUCUAACAUUCCGCAACAACAACAACCUUCCCAAGGUUUGCAGCAGCAUGAUAACCAUACUAAUCAGAUGCCUCAAGCAAGCAUGCCAAGUAUGAGCACCGGAUUACAAUCCUCAGGUGCAGCUGGUAUCCAACAUUUACCUGCAUCCCCAGCAACAAACUUUGGUGUUCCAGCAACACAGCAAAAUGUCACAAAUGCACCACAGGCUACCUCUAAUUUGGAGGUUACUCAAGGAAGCAAUUUUAAUUCUUUGCAGCAUGGUUCAAUGAGUGGUGCUUUGCAACAGGGAAGCACUGGGCCCAUGCAGGGUACACUGAAUGCACAACAGCAGGCCAGUAGUAGCAUGUUAUCUCACAACUCAGUAGGUACAAUGCAGGCUAAUGCCAAUUCCAUGCAAGCCAACGCAAAUUCAUUACAGCAGCUGAAGCAGCAACAGCAGGAGCAUCAUAUGAUGCAGAAUCAGCAAAUGAAGCGUCAAAUGUUUCAGCAGUUCCAGCAAAAACAAAUGCUUCAGCAGCAACUCCCAGCACAGCAACAAUUACAGAAACAGCAGCAAUCACAGAUGCAGGUUCCACAGCAUCAUUCUGGAAAUGAUGCAAACGAGCUGAAGGUUAGACAAGGAGCUGCAAUGAAACCUGGGAUUUAUCAACAGCACUUGGCUCAGCGCAAUAACUUUUAUAAUCAGCAAAUGAAACAGGGCAGUGCUUUCCCAAUUUCGUCACCACAAAACCUCCAAGCAUCAUCCCCCCAAAUUUCACACCAUUCUCCUCAGGUUGAUCAGCACAAUCUCUUGCCGUCUCAAGUGAAGACCGGGACACCAUUGCAGUCAGCUAACUCACCAUAUAUGCCAUCUCCAUCGCCACCUGUUGCCCCGUCUCCUAUACCAGUGGAUUCAGAGAAACCACUCUCCAAUUUAUCAUCAUCACUUACUAAUACUGGUCAGGCUACACAUCAGCAAACAAACAUGGCGCCUCAGUCACAAUCAAUCGCCGUUAACACUCCAGGGAUCUCGGCCUCACCCUUGUUGGCAGAAUUUACAAGUGUUGAUGGAAAUCAGGCUAACAUGCCAACCCAAGUUCUAACCAAAUCAAGUGCAGCAGAAAGGCCUUUAGACCGCUUACUUAAAGCGUUGCGGACAACACAACGCCAGUCCUUGAGUGCUGCAGUAAGCGACAUAGGUUCUGUUGUCAGCAUGAUUGACAGGAUUGCUGGGUCUGCGCCUGGUAAUGGUUCUAGAGCUGCUGUUGGUGAAGAUUUAGUUGCUAUGACAAAGUGCCGAUUGCAAGCCAGGAAUUUCAUAACACAUGAUGGGACCGGUACAUCAAAGAAAAUGAAGCGUGACACUAGUGCUAUGCCUCUUAAUGUGUCAUCAGCUGGAAGUGUUAAUGACAGUUUGAAGCAAACAUUCAGCAUAGGUACCCCUGAAUUGCAGUCAACUGCAACCUCACGUGUAAAGUGGCAAAAAACCGAGAUAAACCAUGCUCUUAUGGAGGAAAUACAUGAGAUAAACCAACAGCUCAUAGAUACAGAGCUCCAUGUUUGCGAGGAUGAUGCUGAGUCUUUUGGUGCUACAUCAGAAGGGACAGAAGGGACAGUCAUCAAAUGCACAUUUACUGCUGUGGCUGUUAGCCCCAGCUUGAAGUCCAUGUUUGCAUCAGCACAGAUGAGUCCAAUUUUGCCAUUGAGGGUGCUUGUCCCCGCUAGCUACCCUAAGUGCUCCCCGGUUCUCCUAGACAAGUUCCCAGAUGAACAAAGAAACUCGGAUGACCUGUCGACCAAAGCGAGGUCGAAGUUCAGCAUAUUGCUUCGGGGUUUAGCUGAGCCCAUGUCACUAAGAGAAAUUGCGAGGACGUGGGACGCGUGUGCCCGCAAAGUAAUUGCUGAGUAUGCUCAACAGACUGGUGGAGGCAGUUUCAGUUCGAGCUAUGGUUGUUGGGAAAAUUGCGUGGGUGCUUAAUCCCCAUUCUUCUUCAGUCCUGCUGGCACCAAUCUUCGUUUUGCAUCGAUAUUGUGCGAUCGCUUGCACGCCCUUAACUGGAACGGUUAAUGCAUCGCUCUAUAAAUAUAUGCACAUAAAUAUAUGUAACCAUAAUUAACAUUUUAGCAAACAUGCAAUUGCUACUGGUGUGUACUUAUUUAUUAUGUGUGGUUGUACUUUUGGAAAUCCUCCCUGUUUACUAGCUGGAUUUGGUAGCGGCCCCUCUUGUACAGAACAGUCUACAUCUCCAGCCUGGUUUGAUUCUAAUAUAAAUAUACUGUGAGAUCGCUGCUCGUAAUAUAUGUUGUGUAUUGACAACA